AUUUCUCGAAGCACCGAUAAAGCCAGGGGAAGGUAUGUAAUUUAUAGUAUCUUAACCUGAGCACUAGCACUAGGAUUUGCCUUCGUUGGAUGAUUAUAUAUUUAACUGUUCAAUACAGCAUCAGGCAGUGCUGACUGUAAGGUACAAGCACAGAAAGCCGGUGAAGAUGUCGAGCGACGGUUACGAGUUGUACUACUGGCCUCGGAGCUAUGUGGGAGCGGGACGGGCAGAGUUUGCCCGCAUCCUCUUCAUCGAAGCUGGUGUCCCGUUCAAGCAUAUAUCUGAAGGCAUAAUGGAGAUGUUUAAGCAGGCGGACCAAAAGUGGACAGGGUACCCAGCUCUUGCUGUCCCGUUAUUAAAGAAAGGCAGCUUCGAGCUUUCCCAGACACCUGUAAUAUGCCGCUACCUGGGGAAGCAGUUCGGCCUGUACCCUGACAGUGAGGAAGACCAGUGGCAUGCCGAACAGAUCAACGCCACCGUACACGACUACAUCGCCGAGGGUCGCUAUGCGUUCCACGGCAUCAGUCCCUUCGCCUCCUACUUCGGACAAGAGAAGGGAACACAGCCAUAUAUAGACCGAUUCCAGGCAGAGAGACUCCCCAAGUUUAUGAAACACUUUGAGAAGAUUCUAGCAGCUAAUGACGGCGGAAAGGGGUAUGUUGUAGGGGGCAAGGUGACUUAUGCUGACCUUGGCCUUCUUCACGCGCUGAGGGCGACUGCUGCACAGUUCCCUGAAGCCUGGGCCGCAGUGGAUUAUGCCCCUUUGGUGAAGGCCUUCAAAGAUAGAAUGGAAGCGAGGCCGAAGCUAGCCGCAUACUUCAAAUCGGACAAGUGUAUUCCAUUUUCGGGCGAUAGUAUGAUGUAGAGAAAUUUAUGUUAGCCCUAUCACGGAUGCUGUCAGUGUUUUUAGGAGCUCCGUGUUAGGCAUUGUCUAGGUCAACCAGCCUAAGGUGUAUGGAACCGAACCUGACGCGGGACUCAUAAAAAACCAAAAACACCCAACUGAUACUACUACAAGGAAUAUAUCAUAUACACAUAUAUAUUUAGUCUGCUUUUGCAAACGAGUUAAAACUGAUGUCCGAAAUUUUAUCGAAAGAGGACGUUUGAUUGAGCUGAUGUAUUAUCUCGCACAGCCUUAUUCUCUCAAAUGACAGUAUUCACACACCAAUCAGAUCUUUACAUUGGGUGAGACAAUGCCGUUUUCAGCAGCAUAAUAAUAUGAAAUCCUGUUUUACAAAUAUGUUAUUUUUAUGCUUUUGCUACUGCUAUUAAUAAAAUUUGCAAACAA